AUGAUGGACGAUCUCACCGAAGCGAGCAGCGACUACGCAGCCAACUCGUGGGUCACCUGGUUCCUCUCGACAAAGGGCAACGAGUACUUUUGCGAGGUCGACGAAGACUACAUCCUCGACCGCUUCAACCUCACAGGUCUCAAUGCUGAAGUGCAGCACUACCCACAUGCGCUUGAUCUCAUCACCGACUCGCUGGAAGGCGAUCUCUCGGAAUCGAUUCGCGACUCGGUCGAAGCGCAGGCAAAGCUGCUCUACGGCCUCGUACAUGCACGCUACAUCAUCACCACUCGCGGCUUGGCCAAGAUGCUCGAAAAGUACAAGCGCGCCGACUUUGGCCGUUGCCCUCGCGUGCUCUGCUAUCAACAACCUUUGCUUCCCGUCGGUCUCAGCGACAAUCCUUUCCAAAAGGCCGUCAAGCUCUUCUGUCCACGAUGCGAGGACAUCUACUCGCCCAAGAGUAGCCGUCACGGUACCAUUGACGGCGCCUUUUUCGGCAGCACCUUCCCGCACAUGCUCUUCAUGGUCUAUCCCAACGUCUUGCCUUCCAAAUCGCCCACCGCGCAAUCGCCCUUUUUGCUCACUUCCUCCUUACACCACCGACUCGAUGCACGCUCGCACGCCGAACACGCAGAUGUUGACGACUCGAUCAUGUCCGUCCCAAGCGGUGCAGGCGGUACAGGCGGUGUAGCCAACGGCUCAUCGCUUUCCGGAGUUGCCUCGUCGUCGUCGGCAGUGGCCGGUGCAAGCGCCAGUGCCGCCGCUGGCGCUCCCGGAUCCAAUGCUGCACCCGCCAAUUCAACAGCCGCUGCUGCCGCCAAGGUGGAACGCUACCGACCGCGCAUCUUUGGCUUCCCCGUGCACGAGACGAGCAAACUGCAGAAAUGGCAGGACAAGAUGCGCGACCAGCAAAUCGAGCGUCUAGAAAAAGUGGAAGCUGCCGGUGGCAUUGCUACACCCGGUGCAGCUGCCUUUUUCAGGAGAGCAGCGCCAGUGCCGACAACAGCUUCGGCAGAGCCAACAUCGGCGCCAGCGCCAGCACCAGCAGCAGCACCAGCCCCACCAACAUCAGCACUAGCUCCAGCACCCGUGGUACCAACAUCAACAUCCACAGCAUCAUCACCUCAGACAGCAGCGUCCAAGUCCAUGUCGGCAUCGGCAGUCACCACCAGCACUCCAUUGCAAUCUGUUCCCACCAGUGCACGGUCUUGA